UAGACAGAGGUGCUAACCUUGAAGAACCUCUCUAGAAUCCAGGUUGCUGAAUCUUCCUGCUGCCUAGAGAGACUCUAAACCACCUCCAGACCAUGGGCAACUGGGUAGUUAACCACUGGUUCUCAGUUUUGUUUCUGGCUACUUGGUUGGGGCUGAAUGUUUUCCUGUUUGUACAUGCCUUCCUGUCAUAUGAGAAAGCUGAUAAGUACUACUAUACCAGAGAAAUCCUGGGGUCAACAUUGGCCUGGGCCCGAGCCUCUGCUCGCUGCCUGAAUUUUAACAGCAUGCUGAUACUGCUUCCUGUGUGUCGAAAUCUACUGUCCUUCCUGAGGGGUACCUGCUCUUUUUGCAGGCGCACCCUGAGAAAGCAACUGGAUCACAACCUCACCUUCCACAAACUGGUAGCAUAUAUGAUCUGCCUACACACAGCUAUUCACAUCAUUGCACACCUGUUUAACUUUGAACAGUAUAGCAGAAGCCGACAGGCCACAGAUGGAUCCCUUGCUUCCAUUCUCUCCACCCUGUCUCAUCAAGGGAAAGAGGAAGAUUCUUGGCUAAAUCCUAUGCAGUCCCCCAACAUGACAGUGGAGUACGUGACAUUUACCAGCAUUGCUGGUCUCACUGGAGUGAUCAUCACGAUAGCUUUGGUUCUCAUGGUGACUUCAGCUAUGGAGUUUAUCCGGAGGAGUUAUUUUGAGGUCUUCUGGUAUACACACCAUAUUUUUAUCAUCUACUUCAUUGGCUUAGGGAUUCACGGCAUUGGUGGAAUUGUCCGGGGUCAGACCGAAGAGAGCCUGAAUGAGAGUCACCCUCACAGGUGUGCAGAAUCUUUCAAGCAGUGGGAUGAUCAUGACUCCCAUUGCAAGCAUCCCCGAUUUGAAGGGCUCCCCGCUGAGUCUUGGAAGUGGAUCCUUGCACCAGGCGUUCUUUGUAUUCUUGAAAGGAUUCUCCGAUUUUACCGCUCGCAGCAGAAGGUUGUGAUUACCAAGGUUGUUAUGCACCCAUCCAAAGUUUUGGAAUUGCAGAUGAACAAGCGUGGCUUCAGCAUGGAAGUGGGACAGUAUAUUUUUGUUAAUUGCCCCUCAGUCUCUUACUUGGAGUGGCAUCCCUUUACUCUGACCUCGGCUCCAGAGGAAGAUUUCUUCUCCAUUCAUAUCAGGGCAGUGGGGGACUGGACAGAAAAGCUCAUAAGGGCUUUUGAGCAGCAGUGUUCACCAAUUCCCAGGAUUGAGGUGGAUGGUCCCUUUGGCACUGUCAGUGAAGAUGUUUUCCAGUAUGAAGUGGUUGUGUUGGUCGGAGCAGGAAUUGGGGUCACCCCCUUUGCUUCCAUCUUAAAAUCUAUCUGGUACAAAUUUAGGCAUGCAGAUCACAACCUUAAAACACAAACGAUCUAUUUCUACUGGAUCUGCAGGGAGACAGGUGCCUUUGCCUGGUUCAAUGACCUGCUGGCUUCUCUGGAACGUGAGAUGGAGGAAUUAGGCAAAGUGGAUUUUCUAAACUACCGUCUCUUCCUCACCGGAUGGGACAGCAAUAUUGCCAGUCAUGCCACAUUAAACUUUGACAAGGCCACUGACAUCCUGACAGGUCUGAAACAGAAAACUUCCUUUGGGAGACCCAUGUGGGACAAUGAAUUUUCUACAAUAGCUAAUGCCCACCCCAGGUCUGUGGUGGGAGUCUUCCUAUGCGGUCCUCAGACUUUGGCAAAGAGCCUGAGCAAAUGCUGUCGCCAAUAUUCCAGCCUGGAUCCCAGAAAGGUUCAAUUCUACUUCAACAAAGAAAAUUUCUGAAUUACAGGAACAAGGAUGAUCAUCUGCAUUUAGUCUCUCCUCUGAAUCUCUAGCAACUUACUUGGUUUGAUCGGGUUAGGACAGCCAUUUAAGCUCUGACUCCCUGGCACCCUGUUUUUGACUGGAUUCAACUUGGACAUCACUGAUUUUCAUGAAGUCAUGAUAAUUGCAAAGGUCAUGGAUCCUUUCUUAGGAAAAGAACUAUAAAUCCUUCUGGAAUGCCAUGACUUUAACAAGGCCUGAUAGCAGAGGUGGUUGACAGUUACACAACUUGGCCCUGGGGGAUAUCGUUGAUUCCAAGAGUUAGUAUCUCCCAGCCUUUGGUCAUAUUUUCCCCUCCCUCUCACCUUCAAAGAAGAUUUCUAAAUAGGGUGAUUUUUUAAAAUAAAAUAUUUAUUGAAGAAUUAAUGACAAAACAUAAUAAGCAUAAAUAAUAAAACAAUGAACAUAAAAUCACCAAGAACUCCAUCCCUAUAUAACACUAUGUACAUUCUUACUGUUAUUUUAAACACGUUCUUAUCCAGUGUGAAUAGCAAUUUAUGCCUUACUUAUCCUUGCUUUUCCUUUGCUUAAUGAAUGAAUCUUUGAUUACUUAAUCUAGGUUCUCCCAUUUGGGAAAGAAAAUCUUGGGAGCUAUGCUAAUUAUAAUGGAAAUUAUAACUGAAAGAUAUAUUGUCAUUAGCUUACAUUGUUCUGUUGAAAAUCAUUGCAAAAACUUGAACUCCAUCUUAAGAUGACUUGGUCAACAGGGGCUCUUUAUCGCCAUUUUUUUUAAGGGGGGUUUAUUAAUGUUUAGUUUUUUAAAAAGGUAAUUUACAAUUUUGAUACCAUUUUUUGGGGCUCUUCCCUCUUUAUUAAAGAAUCAUUCACCUAAUGACAUAAGCAACAUGUCUUUUCUCCUAUCAAAAUGCUUUUUAUUUCCCCAUCCACCUGGCUCAGGGAUGUUAGUAGUCACAGUGAGUCAGUAGAAGCAAAGACUGGGGCCCUUAAAAGAGAGGGGAGAAAACCC